UCACUUCCAAAGAAAAAAAAACUUCACCAAAAACCCAAGAAAAUAUAUAAAAAGCGCAAAAGUUCCAAUUUUGAUUCAUACCCAAAUCUCAAAAACCACUAAUUCAUCUUCCCAAUUCACUAAUUUCUCCAUUCUUUCAGUUUUCAAAUUUCAAUUUUUUCAUUUUGAGUGAUAAAAAUGGCAACUUUAAAGAUGAAAAUUUUGGGCUUUAUGGUAAUAAUGCUUUCAAUUUCUGCAAUUGCAAAAGGAGAUGAAAAUGAAAAUGAAUCAUCAUCUAAGCCACCAACAUUGGUGAAAAUGGUAAAGGGUAAAAAAAUGUGUGUUAAAGAUUGGGAAUGUAAUGUGUUGUCAAAAUUUUGUUGUAAUUUGACAAUUUCUGAUUUUUUUGAGACUUAUCAAUUUGAGAAUUUGUUUUCAAAGAGGAAUUCACCUGUAGCUCAUGCUGUUGGUUUUUGGGAUUAUAAAUCUUUUAUAAUUGCUUCAGCUCUUUUUCAACCUCUUGGUUUUGGUACUACUGGUGGUAAACAAAUGCAGAUGAAAGAAAUUGCUGCUUUUCUUGGCCAUGUUGGUAGCAAAACUUCUUGUGGUUACGGAGUUGCCACCGGUGGACCAUUGGCUUGGGGCCUUUGCUAUAACAAGGAAAUGAGUCCUAGCCAAGAUUACUGUGAUGACUACUUCAAAUUAACUUACCCGUGCUCUCCCGGAGUCCAAUAUUAUGGUCGUGGUGCCUUGCCUAUCUACUGGAACUACAACUACGGAAAAAUAGGCGAAGCACUGAAGGUAGAUUUAUUGAAUCAUCCCGAAUACAUUGAACAAAACGCGACCUUGGCAUUCCAAGCUGCAAUUUGGCAGUGGAUGAACCCAGUCAAAAAGGGACAACCUUCAGCUCACGAUGCCUUCGUUGGCAACUGGAAGCCAACGAAGAAUGAUACUUUGUCUAAACGAGUUCCCGGUUUUGGCACCACCAUGAACAUCCUCUACAAUGACAAUGUCUGUAACCAAGGUGAUAUUGACUCCAUGAACAACAUCAUUUCACACUACUUGUAUUACCUCGACUUGAUGGGCAUUGGUCGGGAGGAGGCAGGGCCUCACGAACUACUCACCUGCGCGGAACAAAAACCUUUCAAUCCAUCUUCCUCCCCUGCUUCUUCUUCUUCUUGAUUAACUCAUAUGGGAUUCUAGACAUCCUAGCUAGGAUUGCUGCUUUUAUCCUCGACGUUUUUUCACUAAGAAAACAUCCAAUAAGUGGAGCAAGAUAGACGUUGUCGUCCUGCUCCCGGUGUAAACUGUGUGUUUGGGUGUUCUAUAAAUAAGGAUUAAGGAUGUGUUGACCCUUUCUUGUUGUGUCUUAUUGAAGUGAAUCUUGAUCAGUGCAAUACAUGCAGUGUAUGUGAAACUUUAGUCUGUAAUAAUCUUUUGAACUGUUAAAA